AGCAACAACAACAACAACAACAACAUGUGCCCAGCCAGCUCGAGCAGCAGCAGCAGCACCACCAAUGUGAUGCACACCAAGAAGCCAAAGGCUUCGCGCGCCGAUCCCAUCCUGGCAUCGCUCAGCAAGAACGCCUUGCGUAUGAGCGAUGUGCAGCUGUUGCACGGACCGCACUGGCUGAACGAUGCCAUAUUGAAUUUCUAUUUCGCCUAUUUGGAGGAGAUCAAGUACAAGUCGAACACGGACUUUCUCUUUGUCACACCGGAGAUGUCGCAGUGCAUGCUCUACAUGGACGACAAGGAGCUGCACGGACUGCUCGUCUCACAGCAUCAGGUGCUGCGCAAGCCGUUCCUCUUCAUAGCGGUCAACGAUAGUCAGUCGCGUGAGCGAGGCGGCGCCCACUGGUCGCUGGUGGUGGCCUCGCGGCCAGACAAGAGCUUCUUUCACUUCGAUUCGUAUGGCGGGAGCAAUACGAGCAGCUCUAUGGAGCUGGUCAACAAUAUCAAGGAUGUGCUGGACAUGCAGCACGCUCGCUUCCGUGGCAUGCGCUGCCUCCAGCAGAGCAACGACUACGACUGCGGCAUCCAUGUCAUUUGCAUGGCCGACCAGAUCACCGACUAUGUGAAUCGCUAUGACAGUGUCGAUGGGGUGCAGCCCCUGCAUCAGGAUGUCAUCAAGGCCAAGCGCAAUCAGCUGAUCAAGCUGGUCACCACCCUCGGGCAGCACAUCUAAGCAGCGACAGCAGCCUAGCACACGAAUUCGAUCAGUUGAAACCGAAACGCAUUUUUCCAAAUUUUACAUUUGACAACACUGCAUAUAACUGCAUUGCAUUCUGCACUUUACAGCACUGCGCUGCACCUAAUUCACUUUGGCUUGGCCCCCUGUUCACUCCCCCACACAAACAUUCACUCGAUCGCUUGCUCGCUCACUCGCUGACUCGCUGACUCGCUCGCUCACUCACACACACACACACAUCUGUUCGCUCUUUAGCUUUCCCCCUCUUCGACUCCUUAGUUCGCUCCCUUUGACAGUUUUGGAAAAUGCGUUUUGUUUGCUUCUCGACAAACACACAGUGAAUGAUUAUCUGUUUUUACUACUGUAUGAUUCUAGAAA